AUGGCGAUGCCAAAAUGGCCCCCUGCUGUCAACGCCAUUCAUCCGGUCAGCCUCAAGCUCAUAAUGGCUCAUGACGACUCCUUCCUAGAUUCAGAAGCAAAUGCGAACAGAGUGUGGAAUGGUCUUUUCAACGAGUAUUUCCACGUUCAAGAUUUUGGCACCUUUGGCAACGCAUACCUUCUCGGGCCGGAAGGGCAAGCCCCAGAUGGCAGCAAGAAGCUACGAGCAGACAUAUUAAUCACCAGGCUUGUGCACGACAUCAAGGGGAAGUCCACCGGUGAGCUCUACCCUGUGCUUCAAUUCGAAGGGAAAGGUGCUACCUCACGAGAUGGUCUGAACGAUAUCGCAGCCCAAGUCAAUACGUGGUUUGUCAAUGCAAAGAUCGGUGCAGACAGGCCAUGCUGGGCAGUUGGCGCAAAGGGGAGGUUGUGUUGGUUCUUCUACUGGGAUGGCAAGUCACCCGGGAUUCUACCAGUCAUCUGGGGGGAGUAG